AUGGCACCAGAAAUCACUCAAAUAGAGGAUCUCGAUUUCUCAGCAGAGGUUUUUGAGCCCGAGUCUGAUACAUUCCUAUACACUUCCUUUUGCAAGGUAGAAGAGGACGAUAGUGUCUUCCUCGGUCAAAUAUCCAAGCGCAAGCGAUUUAUCUCCCCACAAGAGUAUACAGCUGCUCUUACAAGGAUUCCAGACAGAGAAAUCUAUCCAAUAUACAUCACAUGGGGUAGGGUUCAACCUGUUGAGGACCCAUUGCCUGGCAACAUCCAUCUAAAACGGCCACGUCUAUUUGUCUAUGACGACUACAAAGAACAAGAUGCGGUUGAUAUAAUUCCAGCUCUCCUCCGUGAAGAAGGAAGAACCUUGGAAAUUCUGUCAAAAAACCCCCAUCCUGGUCUUAUCAAGUAUUAUUGA